UGGAGUUCUCAGCCUAAAAAGCUGCUGCUGUCGCUCCGCAGCCUCGCUGGAAGAGUUGAGGGCAUUGCAUUAAAGAAAGCUCAGCUGCUUGUAUACAAAUAUACAGCAAUUACAAGGCAACAAAGUUAUUGCAGAACCCUGCUGUCGCCAUGGCAACACGCUCACUCAAUUACAUUUGGAAAUGUAAAAUGCCACCCAGUUAGAGACUUAGCUUUAGAAAGGAGACAGACUAGAGAAAGCAUUUUGAAAAUCAGCUCAGAACACCAGAAGAACUUGUCAUUUGCUCAGCGGGAUGGAGGCGUGGAAGGAAGCACACGCAACAUCCCAGUAAUGCAGAAAAGAUAAAAACCAGCAGUGCAGUAACAGCAGGAAAAGGUUCCCAUUUUAAAAGCUAUUGGAAGACACUCUGCCACCCUCUUGGAUUACUUCCCAUACGACUCAGCAUGUCACUGUGCCCUGGAUUUUACAAGGUGGCCAUGAUUUAAUCCCCACUUCCCACUCCUAUGUAUUGGUGAAGCACUGGAGCUCUUUUGAGCUGCUGUUACUCCCGUGGGAACUGAUCUAUCUCCAAUCCCUUCUCCCAAGGACUAGACAUUGCCAGCAAUGAGCUCCCAAAGCCAUCCAGAUGGGCUUUCUGGCAGAGAUCAGCCAGUGGAGCUGUUGAAUCCACCUCGAGUGAACCACAUGCCCAGCUCUGUUGACGUGAGCACAGCCCUGCCCUUGCAAGUGGCGCCGAGCUCAGUGCCCAUGGACCUGCGGCUGGACCACCAGUUCUCCAUGCCGGUGACGGAGCCCACGCUGCGGGAGCAGCAGCUGCAGCAGGAGCUGCUGGCCCUCAAGCAGAAGCAGCAGAUCCAGAGGCAGAUCCUGAUUGCGGAGUUCCAGCGGCAGCACGAGCAGCUCUCUCGGCAGCAUGAGGCGCAGCUGCACGAGCACAUCAAGCAGCAGCAGGAGAUGCUGGCCAUGAAGCAUCAGCAGGAGCUGUUGGAGCACCAGAGGAAGCUGGAGCAGCACCGACAGGAGCAGGAGCUGGAGAAGCAGCACCGAGAGCAGAAACUGCAGCAGCUGAAAAACAAAGAGAAAGGGAAAGAGAGUGCAGUGGCAAGCACAGAAGUGAAGAUGAAAUUGCAGGAAUUCGUGUUAAACAAGAAGAAGGCUCUGGCCCACCGGAAUCUCAACCACUGCAUAUCCAGCGACCCUCGCUUCUGGUACGGGAAGACCCAGCACAGCUCUCUGGACCAGAGCUCCCCACCCCAAAGCGGCGUCUCCGGCACCUACAACCACCCAGUCCUGGGGAUGUACGAUUCCAAAGACGACUUCCCACUCAGAAAAACAGCCUCUGAGCCCAACCUGAAGCUGCGCUCCAGACUAAAGCAGAAGGUGGCUGAGAGGAGGAGCAGCCCUCUCCUGCGCAGGAAGGACGGGCCCGUGGUGACGGCGCUCAAGAAGCGCCCGCUGGAUGUCACAGGUACGGCGGACUCUGCAUGCAACAGCGCUCCUGGAUCUGGUCCCAGCUCUCCGAACAACAGCUCCAACAACAUCAGCACCGAGAACGGAAUUGCAGGAUCAGUCACGAGUAUCCAAGCAGAGACCAGCCUGGCUCACAGGCUCGUGAACCGCGAGGGCUCUGUGACGCAGCUCCCGCUCUACACCUCGCCCUCUCUGCCCAACAUCACGCUAGGACUGCCUGCCACCGGCCCUUCCAGCGCAGGACAAGCACAGCCGGACGCGGAGAGGCUCGCGAUCCCAGCCUUACAGCAGCGGAUCUCCUUAUUCCCUGGCACUCACCUCACUCCCUACCUGAGCACUACAGCGUUGGAGAGGGAUGGGGGAACUGCACACAACCCUCUCCUGCAGCACAUGGUCCUACUGGAACAGCCAACUGCACAAACGUCCCUGGUCACAGACUGGUAUCUUUCAGGACUGCCCCUGCAUGCACAGCCCCUGGUGGGUGGAGAGAGGGUCUCCCCUUCGAUCCACAAGCUGCGGCAGCACCGCCCGCUCGGGCGCACCCAGUCUGCUCCCCUGCCCCAGAACGCCCAGGCCCUCCAGCAGCUGGUGAUCCAGCAGCAGCACCAGCAGUUCCUGGAGAAACACAAACAGCAGUUCCAGCAGCAGCAGCUGCACAUCAACAAGAUCAUCUCCAAACCCACCGAGCCGGCGCGGCAGCACGAGAGCCACCCCGAGGAGACGGAGGAGGAGCUGCGGGAGCACCAGGCCCUGCUGGAGGAGCCCUACGGCGACCGGGCCACGGGCCAGAAGGAGCCCCCGGGGCUGGCCAGCGUGGUGCAGGUCAAGCAGGAGCCCAUCGAGAGCGACGAGGAGGAGGCAGAGCCGCAGCAGGAGCUGGAGUCCGGGCAGAGGCAGGCGGAGCAGGAGCUGCUCUUCCGCCAGCAAGCCCUGCUCCUGGAGCAGCAGCGGAUUCACCAACUGAGGAACUACCAGGCGUCGCUGGAGGCGGCUGGCAUGCCCGUGUCCUUCGGGGGACACCGGCCCCUGUCCCGGGCACAGUCCUCCCCCGCCUCAGCCACCUUCCCCAUGUCCGUGCAGGAGCCACCCACUAAGCCAAGGUUCACAACAGGGCUUGUGUACGACACCUUGAUGCUGAAGCACCAGUGCACCUGUGGAAACACCAACAGCCACCCCGAGCACGCAGGCAGGAUCCAGAGCAUCUGGUCCAGGCUCCAGGAGACGGGGCUGCGGGGCAAGUGUGAGUGCAUCCGUGGCAGAAAGGCCACGCUGGAGGAGCUGCAGACGGUUCACUCGGAAGCCCACACGCUGCUCUACGGCACAAACCCUCUGAACAGGCAGAAACUGGACAGCAAGAAGCUUCUAGGUUCCCUAACGUCGAUGUUUGUCAGGCUGCCUUGCGGUGGUGUCGGGGUCGACAGUGACACCAUUUGGAACGAGGUGCACUCGUCGGGCGCUGCCCGCCUGGCCGUGGGCUGUGUCAUCGAGCUGGUGUUCAAAGUGGCCACAGGAGAACUGAAGAAUGGAUUUGCUGUUGUCCGGCCCCCGGGUCACCACGCAGAGGAGAGCACACCCAUGGGUUUCUGCUAUUUUAACUCCGUGGCAAUUGCAGCCAAGCUGCUCCAGCAAAGGCUCAACGUGAGCAAAAUCCUCAUUGUGGACUGGGAUGUCCACCACGGGAAUGGCACUCAGCAGGCCUUCUACAACGACCCCAACGUCCUUUAUAUCUCACUCCAUCGCUACGAUGAUGGCAACUUCUUCCCAGGCAGUGGCGCUCCGGAUGAGGUUGGCACAGGAGCAGGAGUUGGUUUCAAUGUUAACAUGGCAUUUACUGGUGGUCUGGAUCCGCCCAUGGGAGACACGGAAUAUUUAACUGCCUUCAGGACAGUAGUGAUGCCCAUUGCCAACGAGUUUGCCCCAGAUGUUGUGCUGGUGUCAUCUGGUUUCGAUGCAGUGGAAGGGCACCCCACACCCCUGGGAGGAUAUAAUCUGUCAGCAAAAUGCUUCGGGUACCUGACGAAGCAGCUGAUGGGCCUGGCCGGGGGCCGCGUCGUGCUGGCCCUCGAGGGUGGCCACGACCUCACUGCCAUCUGCGACGCCUCGGAGGCCUGUGUGUCUGCCCUGCUGGGAAACGAGCUUGACCCUCUUCCGGAAAAAGUUUUCCAGCAGAGAGCAAAUGCUAACGCGGUGCAUUCCAUGGAGAAAGUCAUCGAGAUCCACAGCAAGUACUGGCAUUCGCUCCAGCGUUUUGCCUCCACGGUGGGAUAUUCCCUGGUGGAGGCCCAGAAGUGUGAGAAUGAGGAAGCAGAGACAGUGACAGCCAUGGCAUCGCUGUCGGUGGGUGUGAAGCCGGCGGAGAAGAGACCUGAGGACGAACCCAUGGAAGAGGAGCCUCCCCUGUAGCACCCACCUUCGAGCUGGAGUUCUCCUAUCUGUUCGUCUUCGUCUUGAAGCUCUGCCAAGAAGCUUUCUCUUGUUACUCCUGCGUCCUGUCACGGUUAUUUCCCGAAAACGGAAGGACAGCCAGGUGUAAAGCAAAGCAAGCGACACAAAAAAAACAAAUCUCUCCGCAUCUUUGAGUCUCUUUUUGCUGAAAAAAAAAACGCUGGUGAAGAGCAGCAAAGGACUGACACGUUGGGCACUCUUCCUCUGGUCCUCACCAGGAGCAGAAAGAGGAACGAUGCCCGGGAAGUCUUUGGCAGAGUUGCCAAACAAAAAAACAAAAACAGAACGCGAGAAUAAUAAAGAAAUCAAAGAUUCAACAACACAAAUCAAACAAACCUUAACGUAAAACUGGUGCUUACAAAGUUGAUUACCCACAACUGAGCAAUCUCUGCUUGAACCACUCAACCCAUCGUGUACUUUCAUUUCUUGGAUAUUUGGAAAUGGCUCUUGCCUGCCUGUGAGUCAACGACAGCUCUUGUCGGAACUGGAACGUUGGGAGAUGAUGGUGAAUUUUUAACGGGGAGGGACAGGGAACGAGGGACUCAUCUGACACCUAAAGGAAAGGGAAGCAGAAUGGGGGAACGGUAGCCCAGAUGGAGUCGGCUUUAUUGUCUCCAAAGCCAUCUGAAGAUGAGUUUGUGCCUUUUUUUUUAAUUGAUGGAUUUGGUGCAGCUGGAUUUUCUGAAGUUUGAGGAACAAUGCCUUAAGUAAAAAUUAAUUAAAAAAAAAACAAAACACACAUAAAAAAAAACAAAAAACCAAAAAAAAAAAAAAAAAGAAAAAAAACAACAACAACAAAGAACACAGCAGUUCCUGAAUAUUUUUCCUCUGGUUGGGAAAGCCAAGGACUGCCAUCAGGAAGGAAGACUUUUUGGCUUGUGCUGGCAUGAUGGUGGGAAGCAGGCAUCAGCUGAACAGAGUGUCUCCAAAAACUGUCGACAAGUUUGGAUUUGUUUUGUUUUCUUUCAUUGCUGUUUCAGAGAAAAGGAAAAAAGAAAAAAAAAAAAUUAAGGUAGUUGCCAAAAAAGUGGCAAAUACUGUUGGGUCUUUGAAAUUCAACCAUUUUUAUCAACCAAUUUUCAAAUGUUUUCUCUCUCUUCUACAUUAUCUAGUAAUUGAACUUAUCAAUUUGGUUGUCAAAGCAUGUAUUAGACACAAAUGCAGGUUUUAAGACUGGAAUGCUUUUUAUUAAAAGCAACUAGCAUGAGAUAUUGCUUAAAUUGUUAGGUAUAAAUAUAUAUAUGUGUAUAAUGUAUAUUCCAAAUGUAUUCCAAGCUUAGAAACCGGAUUCCUAUGAAUUAUUGAGAAAAAUAUUUAUGAUGCAUUUAUAGAAAAAAGAAAAAAAUAUAUGUAAUAAAUGCAUACUCUAACAGUAGCCAUUGGAAGCUCCCUAGGGACAGAUUUGGGAAUUGGAACGUCAAAGGUGCUUUUGGAAAAGGAUCUAGGUUGAAACUUGAGGACUUGUCAGGCGACAGGUUGGGAAGUUUUUCAGAAAGCCAACACUUUAGCCACUGGGCAACUACCCUAAACAUUUGUAUUUUAAUUUAAAGUUUUUAGUUGUGAUCCUUUUCUAACAAACACGAGAAAAAAAAAGUUUUUUAUAGCAAAGACGCUGAAUUUGCUGUUAAUUUUUAUAUGGAUAUUUCCCGAAACCCUCCGGAAGCCUUGUUUGUGUGACUCUGACAUUUAUUUUCCAUUUGGCAGGUUUCCUUUCUGAACGGCAAUAGCAUCUAAACCUUUCUUCCUCCCUCUUUUCUUGCUUAUAAUACAUGGAUUUUCCUUUUUUUUUUCCUUUUUUUAAAUUUUUUUUUUCUAUAUUGUUUUCUCUCCUUUUCCUCAACUCUUUUGUACAGUGAGCAGCUUUCUGCAGGUGUAAGGAACUGUGGGCAGACCAACAGAGUUUGUUUUUUUCCGGGAAAGGGCGCAUUUUACCGAGGAGGAGGAGGAGGAGGAUGAGGGACCGUGAUGGGCUCCUUUGUUGUACUGAUUCCACUGGCUGUAUAUUUCCUCAGCUCUCUUGUAGUAGCUCUGUAAAGAAAAUUAGGAAUUUUCUUACCUGGUAACGUUCAGUGGGCGAUGCCUUUGUCCUGCCUGCGGCUCCUGGCACUGCCUGCCCUCGGGAAGGCUCCUUGGAUACUCCGGGACCGACGGCGUUUUCUCUCUGCUGAACAUGCCCGCAAACUUCCCACCUCCUCUCUCCCUCUUUUUCUCCCCUCUUCUUCUUCUUCCCAGCACUGGGAGGGGUUUUGGAGGCUUUUUUUUGGU